UUUUGAGGGGUCAGGGUUCCCUGCUGAAACACUUUUCCAGCUGACAGUACCCUGCUGACGCUGCUCUACCCUGCGGGAGGACACGCGUGUGCAAUUUUAAUUCCCCACAUGGUGAAGGCUACUAUUGCAGCGAGUGAAUGCUUAGAUCAAACAAUAUAGCUGUGGAUACUCAGCCCAUAAAUGUAAAUUUGAUUUGUGGACAUCUGUUUAAAGAGCAACGCGCAGUGCUAAAACUACGUGAAGCUACACUGCGUCCUCAGGUUCACAUCGUUUGUCAUCCCUGUUUUUGAUCGUCUGUAUAAGGAUCGUCCGUACGAUGUGGGUGCCUCUGUAGUGGGACAAUCGCACCGGUGGAGAGAGGCAGGACAGGUUGAUGGAUCCAAUGCAACGGAACCAAAGCUGCUCGUUCUCCAAGAGAGUCUCUGACCCCUUCAGCACAGCCAUGUCUCCAGCCUCGGGGCCCAUCGGCCUGCCCCCACCCUGCGUCUGCCCUGCUCCCGUCCCAAGGACACAGCCAGCAGCAGCCGCAGCCAGAACCAUCCAGCUCUCUCCCGCGGCUCCAGAGGCGGCUGAUGUUUCAGGCACGGAGCUCUGCCUCCGCCCUCCUGUGAGCAUCAGCCGACCUCGGCCCACGGCCCUGGGGAUGGGGAUGGGCUCGGCCCCCAAGGCCCUCAAAAACCCAGAGUCCAUCCCCAGGCCCAAGGCCUCGGUUUCCCCUCUGCCCGCCGGGUCGCUCUGCCCCCUGGGCCACACGCCCCCCGAGUCCUCCCAGCCCCGGUGCCCCCCGAGUUCCCGUAGCCCACAGUCCAAUAGGAGCCCCCAGCAGAGCUCCCCAUCCCAGACCAUCCUCAUCCCUCCCCCGAGCAGCGCUGCUUAUCCCCACCUCUCAUCCCAACCUAGCGCAGUUUCCCCGGCCAGAGGCAGCUCUCACCCAAACUUGAACACCUUGUCUGGCGUCAGUCCUCCCCGUAGCUCCCACCCCAAAUCCAGCCAGUCGUACCUUAGUUCUCAGCUCAGGGUCAGUCCCGAACCUCAGCCUCCCCUCUCAGAAGGCACCAGGGGGAAGACUGACAAAGCCAGCGCCAACAUGGAUGAUUUCAGGGUCCAAAUUGUCACAUGGAAUGUCGGAUCAGCUGUGCCUCCUGACGACAUCACUUCCUUGUUUGGGUCAAAUCUGAGCAGUCGGAAUGUAGACAUGUUUGUCGUAGGGCUACAGGAAGUGAACUCAAUGAUCAACAAGCGGCUCAAAGACGCGCUUUUCACCGACCAGUGGAGUGAUCUUUGUAUGGAGACCCUCAGUCGCUUUGGUUACGUGCUGGUGGCGUCGCAGCGCAUGCAGGGGGUCCUGCUGCUGGUGUUCUCCAAGUUCUGCCACCUGCCGUUCCUGAGGGGUGUCCAGACCCAGAGCACACGCACAGGCCUGGGGGGCUGCUGGGGCAAUAAGGGGGGAGUGAGUGCGCGGAUGAUGAUGUUUGGCCACCCGGUCUGCUUCCUCAACUGCCAUCUGCCCGCGCACAUGAGGAACCUGGAGCAGCGCAUGGAGGACUUUGAGAGCAUCCUGCAGCAGCAGCAGUUCGAGGGCGGCACCGCCCCUGGGGUGCUGGACCACGACGUAGUAUUCUGGUUUGGUGACCUGAACUUCCGAAUUGAAGACUACGAUAUUCAUGUGGUGAAGAGUGCCAUUGACAGCAGUAAGCUGUCUCUCCUCUGGGAGCGGGAUCAGCUCAACAUGGCCAAAAACAGUGCACCUAUUCUGGAGGGCUUCAUGGAGAGCACCCUCAACUUCCCUCCAACAUACAAGUUUGAUGUGGGAACUCAUACAUACGACACAAGUGCUAAGAAGAGGAAGCCUGCGUGGACAGACCGCAUCCUGUGGCGCCUCCGUCGGACCGGUUCACCAGUGCCAUCCCACAAUGCCAAUCUGCAACGCGGCCUGACAUCCUGGCUGGGUGGGGUUACCAGGGUUACGCAGCACUCCUACCGCAGUCACAUGGGGUUCACCAUCAGCGAUCACAAGCCAGUUUCCGCCGUCUUCUCUCUGCAUUUUCCCUUCAGGGUCAGCCUGCCUUUAGUGACACUCGAGGUCGAGAAGGAGUGGACUAAAGUUUCAGAUGCCACUGUGCAGUUUGAGGUGGCCUCUACCUUUCAAAGAAGCUCUUGGGACUGGGUGGGCCUCUAUAAGGUGGGGUUCAAACACCACAAAGACUACGUGGCGUAUGUGUGGGCUAAAUCUGAUCAUCUGCCUCAGGUGACUUUUCCAGAGGAAGAUCUGCCCAGGGACUCGGGGGGAUACAUCUUGGGUUACUACAGCCACAACAUGAACAGCAUUGUGGGGAUGACAGAGCCCUUCCAGGUCCAGCUGCCUGUGGUGAGCCCCCCCGCCCCCGCGCCCCACUCCGAGAGCUCGGAGGAGAGCUCUGAGGACGACAGCACGCUGGUGUUGCUGGCGCCCAACACCUCACGCAGCCCCAGCCCGGGCACGCAUUCGGGCAAGCGUGCCCACCGCCGCCAGCGCAGCCGCAGCCCCGCCGUGCCCCGGCCGCGCCACACCACUGCCCUCUCUGCCUCAUCGCUGCCCACCCUGCAGAGCCUCAGCCUGUGCCCACGACCCCGUGACGGUCAGGUACGGACUCCCUCCCCGCGCUCUCCUCGCAACGGCUGCUCCACUUCGUCCUCCUCCACCUCCAAGAAGGAGCGGCUGAUAUGCCAGGACAGCUCCCCCUCUCCCUGCUCUCCCAUCAGCCCGCGCAGCCCCGUGUCUCCCCGUGGCGGUGUCAGCACCCCGGAGGCGCUGAUCGUGGCCAUGCUGGGGCCGGCCCAGGCCCAGGCCCUCCCGGGUCCAGCUGCAGACACGUGCUUAUGAUGGGAGCUUCUGCUUUCCCUCUCCCCAGCCUCUCCGCAACCCAGACUGCACAACAUGCUCAUGCUAACUGUUUUUCCCUUGUCGGUUUAAAAUAUAUUGCUAUAUAUUUUUUAUACUAAGCAAAUUAAAUAUAUGUGCAAUAUAUUAAGGGAGUAUAUAUAUAUUUUUCCUUUGGAGAGGCCGAAGGCCUGCUGGGGACCUCUGCUGCUGAUCCCACACCAGGGACGGCAAGGCUUCUCUAGUGCUGUAGUGUUGCCAGUGUCUGGUGUGGUUAUACUGUUUGAGCGUUGUGGCAUGCUUUCAGUUUCAGUGUCCACAAGUGCUCAAACCACUUUAUCUGAAUGUUGUGCGAUGACAAGGUUGAGGUUUUCUUCAACGGAAAUGGUAAGGUUAUUGCUUCAGGAGUAUUGAUGACAUACUUUCAACACUACAUGGCACUUGAUAUUAAGUGUGCUCAGCACCUACGACCAUAUGUGAGUGAGUGUUGACACUGGGUCCGAGUUUGUGUUUGAAAAGUGUAUGUGUUGAAGAACACCUAUUUGUUCUAGUCAUGUGCCAUGAAAAUAUAUUUCAACAUAGGCAACAGUGUCCUGCUUUACUGAAACACAGCACCUCUCUCUAACUAACAGCCUUCUAUAGGGAUGGAUGUGAUCACUGAGCUGAAUGUACAACAGUCCAUAUGUCGUUAUUUGACCACCACAGAUUUGUGCUCAUUUGUGUUAGAAUGUGGCUAUGCACUCUCUGUGCCUGUUUGGGUUAGGUAUAGUAGUCCUCAUUGAGUGGCUUUGUGUGGAAAUUGUGGCAGUUUUGUGAAUUCUGUGUGUCAGGCAGAUGUGUUAAGUGUUCAGUAGAGGAGGACUGUUGACGGCUGAAUAAAAUGACCACUGACCAGUGA